AUGGGGCGCCGGAGUUGGCCGCUGGCGCAGCGAUGGCUUGCGGGACUGGAGGCGGAGGCGCUACACGGGCUGGCGCCGGGCGGCGCGACAGCAGCGAUGGGGAGCAGGGGCGUGAGCGUGCGGGCUCAGGGCUGCGGGGCAAUGCCGAGCGCGGUGGCCGGAGGCGGGCAGCGGUCGGCGGCGGGAGCGGCGGGUGACGAGCGCUAUGGGGGGAAGCAGGCGCAGCGGCGAGCUUGUGCGCGGGAGGCCCGACUGGUGAGUGCGGCAGCAGGAGGCGCGGGCGCGCGCGGCGGACAGGGGGAUGCGGGGCAGGCGACGCAGCCAGGGCGGGCGAGCGACGCCAGCAGCGGUGAGGUCAGGCGACGCCAGAGGCGCAGCAUGGCCACAGGCACAGGCGGACAGGCGUGCGCGGGGUGCGGUCAGCGCGAGCGCGCGAGGAAGAGAGGAGGAGGGGAAGCUCACGGGGCCGUAGGGAUAGGGUAG